AUGACACGAAUGUUUCUCAGAGCUGCCGACAUCUUACGUGACUCAGCUCUCGCCGAUGGGGCAGCUAUAUUUGGUGCUACAGCAAGUGCUGAUGAGAAGGCCAAGCUGAUCGUCACGCCUGCUGGAUUCGAUGGAGCCGUUGAUGGCAGCAUUCGCACAAGUACUGAAGCACAGCCAUCGCCUCGAACCAGCUCCGAGUCGGAAAAGCACGAUACCACAGCAUCGGACUCCGACUCUGCACCUACCGCCAGACCGUGCAAAAGUCUGGCCUUCUCCAUAGCAGACGAAUAUGCACGUUGUGAGACCGAGAACGGCACGGCUUUGACGCUUGGAACGCUGGAGAGGUACUUUUCGCUCUUCCCCCAGGGCAGAGCUUUCUCAUUCACCGAAGAAGGCGCAGGCGUUUCUUCAGCGGACGAGAGCGCUAGCGAUAGGGAGCCGCCUCCUUCAGUUGCGAGCGAUGGUACGUCAAACAGUCACGACAGAGUGCGCCAACGAAAGCGCCGCAUGGACCACAAGGAGCUUCUCAACAAGAUUCCUGGAGCCAAGAAUGUCAUCUUCCUGCCUCUGUACGACAAUGCCGAGGAGAAGCUGAUCGCCGGGUGCUUCCUGUGGACAAGCGUGACUGGGCGGAUGAUCAGUCUGGAUGCAGAUCUAUCUUGCCUACGAGCGUUCGGCAAUUGCAUAGUCUCGGAGGUGAUCAGGAUGAACAUGCAAUGA